AUGCCCAUUUGGCUUCCUAGUUUGGCCGGCUGUCUUGCCCCGACACUCGGAGGUUUUACUCAUCUUUUGCCACCUUCGAAAGUUCCCAAUAUUGUAGAUGAUACCAAGUCGAAAGGAAAGCAGCAAGUAAGCAAGUCUCAGGGAGGUAUCGAUGAUGCGAAGGCCCAAAUCAGCUCAGAAGUUGAAUACCUGAGAUCUAAAGUGGCACCUGCAUUCUCCGACAUCGGUGGCGCUUCCAAAUCUAGUCCGGAGCUCCAUUCAUCAAAGUACUACGCGGCUUGUAUCUCAGCUGGUGUAGCUGCAUGCGGCCUCACCCAUGCCCUAGUCACUCCUCUCGAUCUAGUCAAAUGUCGAAGACAAGUUGAUAAGGCGCUUUACAAAGGAAACUUCGAUGGCUGGAGUAAGAUUUAUAACUCGGGAGGAUUAAGCGCACUCUAUACUGGCGUAGGUCCCACCUGGAUUGGUUACUCUGUCCAAGGCGGUUGUAAAUACGGGUUUUAUGAGUAUCUCAAGAAGAAAUAUGCGGACGCCGUUGGACCAGUGAAUGCCGUGAAAUACAAAGAUGCAAUAUAUCUAGCGGGCUCAGCCUCGGCUGAACUGAUUGCUGAUGCGGCCUAUGUGCCGCUCGAAGCCGUCAAGGUGCGAAUGCAAACCACGAUCCCGCCAUUCGCCAGCGGUACCGUGGACGGAUUCAAGAAGUUCACUGCUGUCGAAGGUAUCGGUGGACUGUACAAGUCCCUUGGAUCGCUUUGGACUCGCCAGAUCCCGUACACUAUGAUGAAGUUCUGGUCCUUCGAAGCUACUGUCACCAAGAUCUACGCUUCACUCGGAAAGCCCAAGGACUCUUACAACAAACUUCAGCAAUUGGGGGUGUCUUUUGUUGGUGGCUAUUUUGCCGGCAUUUUCUGCGCUGUUGUCUCGCAUCCCGCCGAUACUAUGGUGUCAAAGUUGAAUGCAGUUGGUAAGGAGGGCUCAUCAAAGCCUACAGUCCGUUCAAUCUACAAUGAAAUUGGAUUCGGAGGGCUCUGGGCUGGUCUCGGUACCCGUAUCAUGAUGAUUGGGACUCUGACGGCUUUGCAAUGGCUUAUCUAUGAUUACGUGAAAGUUUCUUUCGGAUUCCCCACCACUGGAUCAGCUGAACCUAUCAAAAAGUAA